AGGAGAAUUCUAAAACUUAGCUACAACAAGUCUAGUUUUCUACUUCUAACUUCUUUUUCCUUUCUUGACUUCAAUUGUUUUGCAGCAGGCCAGCAUCUCAACAUCUAAGAUUGUGUGUGUGAGCUCUCUCAAGCGGAGCUUCUAGCCAUGAAUUUUGAGCAAGUUUUUCAAAUGCUGGGAGGUGGAGGACAGACCAGCUAUGCUAAAAACUCCCAGCUCCAAGAGAAAGCAGUAAUCAGGAUAAAGCCAUUAGUGGAAGAAUCCAUAAAACAAAUAUGCAAAACCCUUCCAGAAAAGCUUGUUGUGGCCGACCUCGGUUGCUCCUCUGGUCCCAACACAUUACUUGUGCUCACUCAGAUUUUAAAUGCCGUCUAUGAGUACAGCACUCAGUCAAGCCAACAAAAGCCCGAGAUCCAAUACUUUCUUAAUGAUCUUCCUAAUAAUGACUUCAACAAUAUUUUUCAAUUAUCUGUGCAAUAUGAGAUGAGAAUUAGAGAGGAGAAAGGGGAUGAUUAUGUGCCAUUCUAUGUUGUUGGAUUGCCUGGUUCGUUCUACAAGAGAUUGUUUCCUUCAAAAAGUGUCAACAUUUUUUACUCUUCCUAUAGCCUCCAUUGGCUAUCUCAGGUACCUAAAGGGCUGGAAGAAGAAGGCUAUCAUUUGAAUGAAAAAGAGAUAUAUAUCAAUAAAGGAAGCUCCACUACAGUGGCUAAUUUAUAUUUGAAGCAAUUUAAGAGAGAUUUCUCGGAUUUCCUUAAAUCACGUUCUAAAGAACUUAUUUUUGGAGGAAGGAUGAUUUUAUCAUUUUUGGGAAGGGCAGAUUGGCAAUCUAUUGGAGGAUUGUUGUAUACAUGGGGACUGAUUGCUGAGGCUCUAAAAGCUAUGGUUCUUGAGGGACUUGUGGAAGAGGAUAAGCUUAAUGCCUUUAACCUACCAUUUUAUUCACCAUCAAUGGAGGAAGUGAUAUCUGUUAUCAACAUGGAAGGAUCAUUUCAACUCGAGCAAGUGCAAACUUUUGAUUCAAAUUGGGAUCCUUUUGAUGAAUCAAAUGAUACUUUUGUGGAAGACAAAAGGUUGAGCGGAAAAAAUGUUUCGAAUUAUAUAAGAUCAAUAGUAGAACCUCUGAUCACAUCUCAUUUUGGAGAUGAGAUUAUAGAGGAUUUGUUCUCUCGUUAUGCACAGAAUAUUGCAAGGCAUAUGUCUGCUGGGAAGCCAAAGUAUUUGGUUUUUAUCCUUUUUAUGAAGUUAAAAGAUGAAGAGCAAGCAGUUUGUGGAGGAGAAUAGAUAUAAAAGAUGUAAGUAAGUGAGAAUGAUAUGAUUGGCAAUCUUAUGACUUUAUAGUUGAACAAAAUAAUAUUUAUAAAC